AUGAUUAAUUCCCUCCCAGUUCCAGCACUUACCUGCCCAGCACACGAAGAGUAUUCCUCUUGUAUCCAAAGCGGCUGUACUGCCAAGAACUGUAGCCAACUCGGGAAGCCGGUGCCUUGUAUAAGAAUAGACCCGAAGUAUUGUAUUAAGGGGUGCAUCUGCAAGAAGGGGUACUUGAGGAACGCAAAAGGAAUUUGUGUACCUGAAGACCAAUGCAAGACACAACCCUGCCCAGCCAACGAAGUAUACUCCUCCUGCAUCAACGGUGGAUGUGGACCAUGGAAUUGCAGUCAGAUCGACAAGCCGAGGACCUGUGUGGAUCGUGUCAACUGCAUCCAGGGAUGCGUCUGCAAGCAGGGCUGGUUGAGGGCCGGGAAUGGAACCUGCGUACCUAAGGACCAAUGCAGAACAAAAUGCGGACUAAACGAGGUGUACAGCGAUUGUCCCAACCCCUGCCCGCCCAGGAAGUGCAACCUCAAAGAUGCAUUGUUCAAAUGCAAGGCGCCGCCCAAGCUAGGAGAUCCUGAAUGCCAGCCUGGGUGCAUAUGCGCUAAAAACUAUUACAGAAAUGCGACAGGGUCAUGUGUGCUUAAGGAGAAUUGCGAUAAACCAUUGAAAUGCCCAAAAAACGAACAGUAUGAUCCCUGCCCCAAGAUAUGUCCCCCUCAAAAAUGUGGUAUCAACCCAGCUUUGAUCCUGUGCCCGCGUAAUCCAGAGUAUGGCGAUCCUAACUGCAAACCAGGCUGCAUCUGCAAGGACUUAGAAUUGCCUUUUAAUAAAUUUUCAGCAAAAUGCGGACUAAACGAGGUGUACAGCGAUUGUCCCAACCCCUGCCCGCCCAGGAAGUGCAACCUCAAAGAUGCAGUUUUCAAAUGCAAGGCGCCGCCUAAGCCAGGGGAUCCUGAAUGCAAGCCUGGGUGCAUAUGCGCUAAAAACUAUUACAGAAAUGCGACGGGGUCAUGUGUGCUAAAGAAGAACUGCGAAAAACCAUUGAAAUGCCCAAAAAACGAACAGUAUGAUCCCUGCCCGAAGAUCUGUCCCCCUCAAAAAUGUGGUGUCAACCCAGCUUUGAUCCUGUGCCUGCCUAAUCCAGAGUAUGGCGAUCCUAACUGCAAACCAGGCUGCAUCUGCAAGGACUUAGAAGUACGGAACGAUGCCGGACAAUGUGUCCCGAAGGAUAAAUGCCCAAAAUGUACUGGCCAGAACGAAUACUGGGAGCCCUGCAUUCAAGGUUGCUCCAACCAAAUUUGCGGAAGCAUCGGUCAGAAAUACUUCUGCCCAUUCCAGGAAGGCUGCAAGAGUGGCUGCAGAUGCAAACCCGGAUUCUACAGGAAAGACAUUGGAUCACCUUGCAGUCUCACAGAGGAACAGUGCACCAAAGGAAAGUGUCCGCCUGGUGAGAAAUGGAACACGUGUCCUGCAAUCAAAUGCGAUGCGGAUUACUGCGCAAAAAAUAAAGAUUCACCGAAAUGGUGCCCGAUUGGAAUAGUAUGUGACCCGCCAAGGUGCACAUGCGAGAUAAAUAAAAAGAGAGACAGGAAGACUGGCAAAUGUAUCCCAGUGGCUGACUGUCCACCAUUCCCAUGCCCCUGCAAUGAAGAGUACAGAGUUUGCCCACCACCGUGCCCCGGAGAGUCGUGUUUUGCGUCCAUCACCGGUCCGCUGCUGGGACAAUGCCCGCCGAUCGAGCCCGGGACUAUCUGUACGCCGCAGUGCAGGUGUUGCGAAGGAUAUUCCAGAAACGAUAAUAAAACUUGCAUACCAAGUGAAGACUGCAUUAAAACAACUACAGUAAAACCGCCUACUACCAGCACCGAUGUCAGAGGCUCUGGAUUGUCAGGCGUGCUAGAUGGCAUCACAGCAUUCACUGGAAAAUGUCUUUAUGAACGCAUGCAAUCAGCACCUAACGAGAACAUAAUAAUGUCAGCCAUGUCGGUGUUCAAUCCGAUAGCCCAGCUUUGUUUGUACUCGAACGGUCCUGCUUUUGAUCAGUGCAUCAAAAUACUGAAUCUUAAGGACAAACAAGAUAUUCGGGAUACUUUUGCCAAUUUCUCCUCCUUAUACGAAGGUGUAACCAGUGUUAACUUUUCCACUGCUGCCAAAGUAUAUUCCAGUGAUAAGUACCUGCUGAGCGAUGGUUUCAUAAAAGAUACCGUCGACGUCUUCCACGCCGCUGCACAAGUGAUCGAUUUCAUUAAAAAUAUUCAAGCUGCAGAUAUAAUCAACGCCUGGGUUGAAAGUAAAACCAACAAUCGAAUUAAAGAUUUAGUUUCACCUGACAUGCUAAGUGAAUUCACUAGGAUGGUUCUGGUCAACGCCAUUUACUUCAAGGGUAAAUGGCUUAAACAAUUUAAUGAAAAAAAUACGAAAGAAGAAGAUUUCUAUUUAAGCGAUGGUUCAAUUACAAAAACCAAGUUGAUGUCUCAAGAAAUCAAGGACCUAGAAUACGGAGAAGAUGCAUCUUUAGAUUGCAAGGUGGUUCGAAUCCCUUACACAGGCGAAGAGAGCUCCGCGAUAAUUGUAUUACCAAACAGCAUUAACGGCACAAUGCAGUUGGCUAAAUAUCUACAAGUUCCGGCGAAUUGGAAGAAACUCUUAGAUAGCCUCUCCCCUCAAAAAGUGCAACUAUAUUUACCAAAAUUUGUAAUUAGCACAUCUACAGACUUAAAGGUUUUAUUAAAGAAGAAUAAUAUCACCAAUUGGUUUGACUGCGCCAAUUCUGGUUUAUCCGGACUUUUAGCUAAGCCAGAACCUAUCUGCAUAAGUGAGGCUAUUCAAAAAGCGUGGUGUGAAUUCAAUGAAGUAGGAACAGAGGCUACUGCUGCUAAUGUUUUUGUGGGCGUAACUACUACAGCUGUCAGGCCACCACCACCACCGCCAAAAAUAUUCAGAGCAGAUCAUAGUUUCCUUUUCUAUGUGUUGGUGAAGAAUACAGUAAUGUUCCAAGGUCACAUCGCGAAAUUGGCCAGUCAACCAACCGAUUGAAGUGGUUUGUUUAAAUAGUGUCUAAAUUUGGUUAAAGCUCAUAAAAUAGGUCUUUGGAGGGAAGGAAAAUCUUUAGGUCUAAAUUAUUUCGGUGUUAAAAUAGUUUUUACUGAUACUAAAAUUUUGCCGUCUUUAUUUUUAUUUUGUUUUAUUGCUUCACCCU